AGAAACAUUUUCCUUGCCUCUACUCAGAAAUCCCCGGGAUUCCCUGUACUUAGCCCGUCAGUUUCUGUUCUGAGCCAAUCACGAGCAGCUGCGGAUUGUUGAUCACGAGCCACGUCAGCACUCAUGCGCAGGCCGAUAGGAACUUCGUAUCCGGGCGCGCCGCGAGCAGGAGACAGUAAUAGCAGCUUCGUGCGAUUGUAUAUAGACUCGCUCAGCCUGCCGACUCGGGGGUUCCUCUUAUCUCUCGCCAUCCUAGUAACCGCGCUCGUCCUCCUAAGCGCUCGGCGCGACUCGUCGUCCGCCGCCUCCGCGCCGUCGCGCGGCGGCGACCCCGCGACAAUGGCGGCGCCGAGUUUUGCGGAGGUGAUAGUGGAGGAGAGGGAGAUGGUAGUUAAUCUCCCGCCGGAAAUCGCGGACGAGGAGGGGCGGCAGCGCGUGACGCUGCGGUACCUGGAAGGUUCCAGGAAGGCGACGGAAGGAGGCGGAGGAGGCGGAGGAGGAGGCGAGGGUGUGGAAGGAGCCUCGGGAAUGACCGUGGUGCUGCUCCAUGGGCGCGCGUUCGAAGCCAAGACGUGGAAGGAUAUUGGCACCAUUGACCACCUGGCGGCAGCAGGGCACAGGGUCAUUGCAGUCGACCUGCCGGGUGGCAAGGGCCGCACCUCGGACAGCCUCUCCACGAGAGCAGCACACGAGGGCUUUCUUGCUGUGUUGUGGCAGCACUUUGACCUCACCAACCGCUCUGUCCUCGUCUCGCCGUCUCUCAGCGGCCGCUACAGCCUGCCGUUUGUGGCUCAGCAGAGCCGGCUGAAAACCGGGCGGCAGCUGGGCGGCUACGUGCCGGUGGCACCCGUUAUGGUCAAUUCUUACAGCGACAAGAUAUCAGGGAGUGAGGUGCCAGCGCUGGUGCUGAAUGGGGAGCGGGACAACCCCGAGAGGGCUCAUUUUCUGGCCGGGCUCUUUGUCAAUCACAGGGUGGUAAUAUUCAAAGGGGCGGGCCAUGCGUGCUACAUGGAUCAGCCUGGCUUCUUCAACGACCUUGUUGGGCAAUUUGUGAUGCAGCGAGCUGUUCCAGCUAACUUGCAAUAAUCUUAUUCUAAGUGUUGCGACCUAAGGUUUUCAGACCCUCGUGUAUCUACGCUCCCACUCCAUAACGAGCCGUUUCGCUAUUCCCUGACGAGGUGUCGCGUCGUCGCAGCGCUGACAGCCAACGAAUAUCUCACCGACAUGAGU